AUAUUGGAUCUUGCAAUUCGUUUCCCUGAGCUGAAAACAUUAAGAAGCUGUGACAUACUGCCAUCCAGUUGGAUUUCAGUGGCAUGGUAUGAUUACUCACCUUCCUUUGGAAUGAGUAGAAAUAACAACACACUCAUGCACACACUAGGUGAAAGUGACUUCCUCUCACUGGUGGAAUUGAUGAUAAUACCAAUGGGACCAACAUUAAAAGAUUUGGAUGCGUGUUUCCUGACUUUCCACUUUCUUCAUAUGCCUAUGCCAGGCGUGCAGAGUGCUAAUGGCCCAGUUUUGAUUAAUCCCAGUGAGAUGGAUGGUGUCCCCAAGAUUUCAUUGCGAGUAUUUGGCCUUGCUUCCUACAAGUUCAAGGCAUCGUUGUGGACACCCAAUGGGGAAUCUGAGCGACAGUUAAACUCCCUAUUGCAGGAUGCUGACAAAUGGGUUGAGCUAAGCCUGGGAUCAUUUGUCCCUCAGUUGAGAAAAUAUAUGCAGUAUUAUAUCUGCUAA